UAAAAUUAAUAUGAAUUUCAAAAGAAAUUCGUUUCGUUCAACGUUUAAAUAGUUUGGGUUACACCUGUUCUCUCUCUCUUUCGCCCUCUCUCUUCUUCCAAAGAGACAGAAUUUUUAGUCACCAAGUACAGAUAACGGAAAUUAAUAACAAUACUUAUCGUAGUCCUCAACAUACGACAGAAUUCAAAGUGCUUUGAGGAUUACAAUUCUCUUUGUUGAAAAUACACCGUUCUAUCAUUUUUAAUUAUUUUGAUUCCUAACGCUCUUUAUUUGAUUUAUUUAUCUGGUAAUAAUUCCAUCAGUCACCAUGGCUAGCCGGAGUACGGCCCAAAGGCCAAACGGUUCAACUCAAGGCAAAAUCUGCCAGUUCAAAUUGGUAUUGCUGGGUGAAUCUGCUGUUGGCAAAUCUAGUCUGGUACUGAGGUUUGUUAAGGGUCAAUUUCACGAAUAUCAAGAAAGUACGAUAGGAGCUGCUUUCCUUACACAAACAGUAUGUUUGGAUGACACGACUGUGAAAUUUGAAAUAUGGGACACUGCUGGGCAGGAACGUUAUCAUAGUCUUGCUCCAAUGUAUUAUCGUGGAGCGCAGGCAGCUAUUGUUGUGUAUGACAUAACAAAUCAGGAUACAUUCGUACGUGCUACAACGUGGGUAAAGGAGCUACAACGGCAAGCUAGUCCAAACAUAGUAAUAGCACUGGCAGGUAAUAAAUCGGAUUUGGGUAACAAAAGAGUCGUGGAAUUCGAAGAGGCUCAAACUUAUGCCGAUGAAAAUGGCCUUCUCUUCAUGGAGACCUCUGCUAAAACAGCCAUGAACGUCAACGAUAUAUUUUUAGCUAUUGCUAAGAAGCUUCCAAAGAAUGAACAAACCGGUAGUGCGGGCACCAGUGGACAAGGUCGCCGAUUAGUAGAAACAGACGGACAGAAGACGACCGCUAGCAACUGCUGCAAGUGAUUUUUCACAAACCAUAUGUACCAUAUUCAGCAAAGAUAAACACACGGCGUGAAUGUGUCUGCAAUGAGUGGAAAAUACGCAAGGAGAAUGCUACUAUUAUAAAGAAUGGGAUGUGGGCUAUGCGCAUGUGAGCAUACAGACAUUCGCUCGAGUGAUCAGCUUAGCACCGGGGCUGGCAAAAAAAUCCUUCAACAUCGUCAGCUGCAUCAAGUUUAAAAGUCGAACCGCGUUGAAUCCCAUUCAUAAUCCUAGUAGUAAUGGGUGGUGUUCGUUAUAAAUAUAUAAAUAUAUAUAAAUAAAUACAUUAUAUUAUAAAAAUCAUAUAGGUGAUAUCAUAUGUGUAAUAAGUAAUAAUGAUAAUGAUACAAUUAAUUACAUCAAUGGUAAUAACACCGAUGACAUUUGGGCACGCAACAGAUCAUAUAAAAUAGUGGGGGGGGGGGCCAUUCCUGCUGCUAUUAAUUAUAUAUUUUCUUUAUUAGAUUGUACCGUGUAUAACACUCAUCUACUCUGAAAUAUAUUGUAUAUUAAUUUGAUUGGUGAAUCAUGAUAAAUUAUGAAUUAUUAUACCAGGAAGAAAAUAAACUUGUGAAUAUUAUAAUAAUUGUGCAAUGCGUGCUUCUUAUCAUAUAGCAUAUUAUGUAGCUUCGAGAGUAAUUUAUUAAAACUUUACACUAACUACACGUA